AUGGCCUCUCUAAACUCACCGGAUUCCUCUCCUCCAAACAUCUCCUUCUCCAUUAACCAAACCAGAAAAAGCACCACCACUUCUUCCUCCGCCCCCGGCCACCGACUUUUCCGAAGCAUUUCCACCAAAGAACCUUCCUUUUCCCAAUUCCCCUUCACUCCUCCUCACCUCAACAAUAAUAACUGCCCUUCUCUCCCUCAAAGCUUCCACAACUCCCCUACCUCCUCCCCUCUCCACCCGACCCUCGCCGCUGCGGCUAAGCUCUCCGACCACUUGAUUUCUCAUCGGUGUGUGUCGUCCGUCUUGAAAAAAGACGGACAGAUCUUAUCCAUUGCCAUGUUUAAUGAAAUUUUGUACACUGGGUCGUCUGAUAGCAAUUUAGUUAGGAUUUGGAAGCUGCCGGACUUCACUGAGUGUGGGCAGCUUAAAACAAAGGCUUCCAUGGCGGUGGCUUUGCAGGUUUCUCAUGAUAAAGUUUAUGCCGCGUAUAGUGAUUGUAAGAUUCGAGUUUGGCGCCGGAGUUGGGAUAGAGGCCUUAAACAUUCUCGCCUUGCCACUAUUCCGGCCACCGGAAGUUAUGUUCGAAGUUACAUUUCAGGGAAGGACAAAAUGAUGAAGCACAUGGGUCCAAUAACCUCACUAGCGAUCAACAUUUUCGACGAUAUUCUAUACUCAUCAUCACUCGACAAAUCCGUAAAAGUUUGGCGAAUCUCCGAUUUCAAAUGUAUAGAAACAAUCCAAGCUCAUUCCGAGCCAAUCAACGCCAUCAUCGCUGCCGACGACGGCCUUCUCUACACCGCCUCCGACGACGCUACCAUUAAAGUCUGGCGCCGCAACUUCUCCCGUAGCGAUCACCCUCCUCACUCCCUCGUCGUAACCCUCCCAGCCAACUUCUCUCCGGUCAAAACCCUCACCCUCGCCACCAACUCCACCCUCCUCUACGGCGGUUGCAGCGACGGGUACCUCCACUUCUGGCUCAAAGGCUGGUUCUCCGGCCAGCUCCAAUACGGCGGCGCUCUGCAAGGCCACACCCAUGCGAUCAUGUGUUUGGCAACCGUUGGAAAGUAUGUGGUGAGUGGCUCUGCUGAUUCCACCUGUCGCGUGUGGGCCAGGGAUGAGGUUGAUUGUCAGUUGCACACGUGUCUGGCAGUUUUGAUUGGGCAUCGGGGGCCGGUGAGAUGCGUGGCGGCGUUUUUUGGUUCCGGGUCGGAAGAGGUGGUGGAGGAGGGUGACGGAGGUUGCACCAUCUGUAGCGGAAGCCUUGAUGGAGUUCUUAAGGUUUGGCGUGUGACGUGCACGACAAAUGGAACGUAA